AUGUCUCUACCUGAGAGGACCAAUCCGAGCCCCAUCAGCCCUCCCGCGAUACAGCAAUAUGUCCAUACAUUGGACCCUUUCAAAAAUUACCUACGGCAAAAGAGCAUUUUCUCAAAAUUCCUCGCCUCAUGGGACGACGAAUUCCCGCACCUCAAGGAAAUGGAAGAUGUCGAACAAACCGCCAUACACUUCAAUUUCGACGAGCCUGGAAUCAAACUUCCGCCUCCGUAUAACCCGAUUGGCAGGAAACCUACAGAGUCCGAGCGUCGACAAGGCAUUACCGCUGUCACUUGGCCCAGUGAGUUGGUUUCAUCGGAGCCUCAGCCGCCUUACCUCGGGGGCCUCCCUGUCCGUCUCCUUACGCAGUAUUACGCGCGAGUCAUUGACGGGCAGCUCACGUACAAGCGGCCGGAUUGGACUUAUUACACUUUCUUCUUUCAUCGCUUCAAUGCGCAUUAUCGCUGCGUGUUGUCUGCUACCCAAACUUGGGCAUCUGCGAGCUUGCAUUCUGCAGGGAGGAAGGAGUCUCUCGACGAUGCUCUGCAGAGCUACUAUGAUAGCAUGUCGAUGAUGGCCCAGAAAUACGGCAUAACGGUGAAUUCGCCGAGUACUGUUGAACACAGGAUGGAAAGAGUAGCGAAUUUCUUGACCUCCACGAAUACAGAGGAAAAAGAUGCCAUGUUCGUGACGUACUUCUUGCUUGCGCUCUUCGAUCUCAUGACAGCUCGAUCGCCUCAGCUUCGUGGUAUACUGUCAUUCAUGGCCUCGUUCUUGAGGAAUCCGAACUUCAGAUCACAGAUGACUGGCGUGCAAGCGCGCGUUGCUUACUGGUUCUGUAUUCUUGACAGCAAAGCAUGUGCCUUUCAACAGAGUGGAGGCGCCGUCCUCAAGGCCAUGGGUAGUGAACCGUAUCAACUAGCUGCCCUGCAUUCAUCGCACACUGUGCUUCAACAAGCCUUCCGCACCACCCUCACUGAGCGCGAGGAAUCAAUCCAGAGCACUAAACUGCUUCUCCAAGACCUCAUGUUCCGCUUAACAGUUCUCCUCCCCCAGAUCACCGAGGCCAAGCAUCGUCUCCCCGAUACCCAGCACGUCCAAGCCAUCCGCGAGAAACUUAACAUCCACAAACAAACCAUCGAUAUGAAGUUCUCAGCUGUCGAUUACGACGACGCUCAAUGCCGGGCAAUGUUCCUGGUAAGCUCCGCCCUCUACCACGGGCUCGAGAUCUCGUUUUCGCGAUCCCUUCGUCCGAAUGAUGCGAGAUAUGCUGCCGGUCAGCACGCUAUCAGCAUCCUUCAGAUUUCGCAGAAGCUCGCGGCUUUGCAGCUGGAUGGGGUAAUUUUGAGGGCGCCGUCGAUGAAGAUCUGGCCUCUUCCGCUCGUUAUGGCGGCCAUUGAGGUCGAGGAUAUCGUUAAUCGUGAAUGUGCCAUCAAGCUCCUCGCCUCGUUCGUGCCCGUCAUUAGUGAGCAUCAUACCUGGGCGAAGAAGUUCGCCGAGACGGUUUGCGAACGCGAGGACAAGGCUGGCAGUCGACUUGACUGGGAACCUAUCAUGAAGGAUCUGAACGAUGGGUUGGUAAUAUAG